CUCAUACACUUAAUAUAAAAAUAUUAUGACAUUGAAAACGAUUAGGAGGGAAUGCAAAAGCCAGUAAAUAUAAAUGUUAUUGUCAAAAAGUCAAGAGAAUUGGAUCAUCUUAAAGAUUUAUGAGUGGCUAGGAAAUUUCAAAUUAGCAAAUCAUAAGGCUAAGGAGGAGAGAAAAUGACU